GGAGCGCUCCCGGCGCGGCUGCGGGAGCGGCGGCUCCUGCUCCAGCCCCGGAGAGCAGCCCUGGAGCCGCAGGAACAAGAUGCCCAUGAAGUUUAAUCUCUCCUAAGAGGGAAAAAAAACCACAGAGAGAGAAAACAAAAAAACCCCAUGGAUCCUCUGUACUUCUCCAGCACGUUCAGCAUGGAGGCUGCUCCCAGCCAGGCCAACUCGUCGCUGCUGCCCAACGGGACGGAGAACGGGACGCUCCCGGAGGUGCCACCGUUCCAGUACAUCCACAAGGUGCUCAUCCCCAUCUGCUACCUGCUGGUGUGCGCCCUGGGGCUGAGCGGCAACGCCCUGGUCAUCUACGUGGUGCUGCGGCACGCCAAGAUGAAAACGGUCACCAACAUCUACAUCCUCAACCUGGCCGUGGCCGACGUGCUCUUCAUGCUGGGCCUGCCCUUCCUGGCCACCCAGAACGCCAUCUCCUACUGGCCCUUCGGCUCCUUCCUCUGCCGCCUGGUCAUGACCGUGGACGGCAUCAACCAGUUCACCAGCAUCUUCUGCCUGACGGUGAUGAGCAUGGACCGCUACCUGGCCGUGGUGCACCCCAUCAAAUCCACCAAGUGGAGACGCCCCAGGGUGGCCAAGCUCAUCAGCGCCACGGUCUGGACCUUCUCCUUCUUGGUGGUGCUGCCCGUGAUCAUCUUCUCGGACGUGCAGGAGGAUUUCCAGACGUGCAACAUGAACUGGCCGGAGCCGGUCAACGUCUGGUCGGCGGCGUUCAUCAUCUACACCUCGGUGCUGGGCUUCUUCGGGCCCCUGCUGGUCAUCUGCCUGUGCUACCUGCUGAUCGUGGUCAAGGUGAAGUCCUCGGGGAUCCGCGUGGGCUCCACGCGGCGCCGCCGGUCGGAGCGGAAGGUCACCAGGAUGGUGGUGAUCAUCGUGGUGGUCUUCGUGUUCUGCUGGCUGCCCUUCUACACCAUGAACAUCGUCAACCUGAUCCUCAUCCUGCCCGCCGACCCCGUCCUCGAGGGGCUCUACUUCUUCAUGGUGGUGCUGAGCUACGCCAACAGCUGCGCCAACCCCAUCCUCUACGGCUUCCUCUCCGACAACUUCAAGCAGAGCUUCCAGAAGGUUCUCUGCCUCCGCAAGGGCGAUGGGGCGGAGGAUGGAGAGCCCGUGGAGCACAGGCAGGAGAACAGCAGCCGCCUGCAGGAGUCCAUGCUGACCCAGAGGAACGUGGAGUUCAACGGGCACAUGCAGACCAGCAAGGUCUGAGGGCAUGGCCUGGCACUGCAAAGUCCCCUGAACGACCUGGGGCCAUCAAGGAGGGCAUGGCCUGGCACUGCAAAGUCCCCUGGAGGACUUGGGGACUUCAAGCAGAGCACGGUCUAGCACUGCAAAGUCUCCUGGAAAACUUGGGGACUUCAAAUGGAGCAUGGCCUGGCACUGCAAAGUCCCCUGGAGGACUUGGGGACUUCAGUUCAUGCAAAAGGAAAAUGUGGAGCCCCAGAAGCUCCCACAAAUGAACACAGAGGGCUCUUCCCUGCUUUUCCCAGCUGGAAGUGCCAAGCUCUGGUGGUGUCCUGAUGGAUCUGAUGUCUGGCACCACUUUGGGUCCUCCAGGGAAUGAUUUCCAGGCUUUGUACCCCUCUAGCCAUGCAAACAACACUAAGCCAGCUCUAAUUCUCUUGUUAAAGCUUGGUUUAUGGCUGCUUUGCACUGCUGGGAUCAGCUCUGAGCAGCAAACAGCUCAGCUGGGAUAUUUGGGAAUUCUUCAAGGGGAUUUCUGAAAGGAAAAUGAGAUUUCUUCAGAAUUUCAUGCAAAAAAGGCACCAGCACUGCUCUGGAAACAGGUUCUGAUGUGCUGGGUGCUGCUUUUGCUUUGUUUUCCUGCCAUUAACCCAUCCCAGGGAGCCAGAACAGCCAGGAACCCUUCAAACACAGCCAGAAAGGAUAAAAAACCAAGAUUAGGAAAACACUCUGGAAAGGAAUCAAUGCAGCCAUGACAUUUCCACCUUGCCACCCCAUGAAAUGUGCUGUGACCCCGUCAUUGUGAUGUCAGUGCUGAUGGCCAUGGGCUCCUGGGGAGGUUUGGUGUCCAUUCCUUGGUUCUGAGUGCAAGUCUGGACUCAAAAUUGUGUUUUCAGACACUAAACCCAGCUCAAUCCCCUCUGAGCAUAAGUUUGGACUCAAAAUUGUGUUUUCAGACACUAAACCCAGCUCAAUCCCCUCCUGAGUGGUGCACUUGCCAGGGAGUGUUUGUGCCUCAGUCCUGGAGGUUUUUUCCCAACUUUAAUGAUUCCAUCAUUCCAUUUGUUCUGCUGGAUGUGACACUCACAUUCCCAAAGGCAGGAACUCACUGAGGCACAAGCACAGAGCCUGGCUGGGACCAUGAGUAAUUUACUCCCAGGAUUCUCCCAGUAGCAGGCAGUGCCCACCUCCCCUGCAGCACAUUCCAAUUCCCAGCACUGCCAGGUUUAGCUGAUUAAUUAAUAAAAUUAACUUUUCCUGUAGGUUUGGUGUGAGCUGGGUGGUGGUUCCCUCAGUUUUCCACCUGAGAUGUUCCCUCUGGAGAGGGAAAUGACUGGAAAGCUCAAGGUUGGGGCAGGAAAAUCUGCUUUGGAAAAAAAAGAAAAAGAUUUUAAUAAAUUCAGAUUUCUGGGAAGGAGCUAAACCCUGUUUUGGGCAGAGCAAAGAGCAUUUGUCCCCUCCUUCCAUGGAGUUUGAUAAAUCCUUGGAAUUAACAAAGGGAAGUUUUAUCUGAAGGUAAUAGACCCUGGAAAGGAGGUGGAUAAACCUGGGCCUUGUUUUCUACUGCCUCCAGACUGAUCCCACCCCCCAGAUCAGGAUGGGGAUCCCAAUUCCCAGAAAACAGAAAUUCCAGCCAGCCCAUCCAACAUUCCCAUUGGUAAUGCUGCAAUCCAUCGUAUUCAUGGAUAAAUUUAGGAAAGCUCUCAAUGCCCCAAUACCCAGGAAAAUUCCCUUUCCAAGCAGCAGCUCCCUGGGGAAUUCAGUGCCAUGGGAAUGCUGCUUUGGAUGAGUUAUUUUUAUUUUUUUCCUGGCCCAAGGAAUUUUUCUGGGAGCAGCUCUUGCAGAUCAUCUCUCCCAGUGCCACCCAGCCUUUGCUCCAUGGGAUUCCCUCCCAUCCUAACAAAUCUUUCCUCAGCUCUAUGCCUCGGGAAGAAGCUCUGCUGGCUUUUCCCUGCAUCCCAAACACCAUUCCUGGGCUUCUCCUGGCAGCUUGGCAGAGGAAUUUUGAGGAGCCAGCUGAGCUGCCAACGUCCCUGCACACAUCCCAUCAAAACAUGUCAUCCUUCCACAAAGAAUGACAAAUUCCAGGGAGAAUCUGUCCUCCCAGCCAGCCCUUCCCAGCAGCUCCAGACAGCACCGACACUCCCCACAUCCCUUUUUCUAUCCACACAUUCCAACCCCAAUCCCUCAGCCCCAGGGACUGAGUGACAUCUUUAAUACCUCGACAGACAAUCCUUCCAAAUUCCAGCUUAUUCAGCUUUUUCUUUGAUUUAUCCAAGGAUUCCAAAUGUUGGCUCUGCUCUGCUGGAAAAAAAAAAAAAGACAAAACAUCCACGGGAAGAUCAUGGAAAAUUUGCCCGGUGCCCACCUGACCUUCAGGAGGUGGAAAAAUCAUUUGGAUAAAAUAAAAAUGAAAUAAAAUAAUAAAUAAAAAAUAA